AUGGAUCCGUUCAUCAACAGCACUCCCACUUCCGAGUCUGCCUCGCCCAUGCCCACAUCACCACCUUUAAAGUCUCGACCGCACUCGCUUGCAAUCUCCCGUUCCGAUUCUGUACGAGCCCCUAUCCACGACCGCGGAAACCGCAAUUCUGCCCACGUCCACUUCGCCUCGCCGAGUCACAUCGAGAAGUCAGAGCUACAAGGCCUGCAAAGAUCAGCCACGAAACAUCUACGCACCCUUUCCAAAUUCGCCCAAAACACCGACGAUGAUGACUUUUCCAUCAAGUCUCCUGAGCAAGAGGUUGUUGGUCUCCAUGGCCGGAGGAGGUUACAGCGUACCAUGACAACGAAAGAGAAGAAGGGUACAGAAACUACCAGCAAGUUCACGAGCAGUUGGGAAGCCAGCAAGUGGAUGGACCGCCAGCGUCAGUUCUUGCAGGCUUACGAGUAUCUGUGUCACAUUGGUGAAGCCAAAGAGUGGAUCGAAGACAUUAUUCACAAACAGAUCCCCGAGAUCGUUCAACUUGAAGAGGCACUUCGAGAUGGUGUCACCUUGGCUGAAGUCGUGCAAGCCAUUCAUCCCGAUCGACCUAUUCGUAUCUUCAAACACGAACGCCUACAGUUCCGCCAUUCCGACAAUAUUGCUUUAUUCUUCCGCUUUCUCGCCGAGAUGGAACUACCUGAGCUCUUCCGCUUCGAGUUGGUUGAUCUUUAUGAAAAGAAAAAUAUUCCCAAGGUCAUUUACUGUAUCCACGCUCUGUCAUGGCUCCUCUUCCGCAAGGGACUCGUGGAUUUCCGCAUCGGUAACCUUGUCGGUCAACUGCAAUUCGAAGACCAUGAACUCGAAGCCAUGCAGAAGGGUCUUGACAAGGCUGGCAUUAGUAUGCCCAAUUUCUCAGGCAUGGGAGCCAACUUCGGUGAACCAGAGCCAGAACCUGAGCCCGUCGAGACGGAGGAAGAACGGAUCCAGAGAGAACUAUUCGAACACGAGGCGAUGAUCGAAGACUUGCAAUCUCAAAUUCGUGGUGCUAUGGUCAGGUUAACACUCGGUGACACUAUGAAUCAACUAUGGGACGCCGAAGAAGCCCUUGUCGACCUUCAAUCACGAAUCCGUGGAGACUUUGCUCGCCAGAUUUCAGAUUACCGCAUGGAUAUGAGACGAUUCGCUGUUCAGCUUCAGAGCGCUGCUAGAGGCUUCCUCAUCCGUAAGCAUCGCAGCAACCGUGAGCAGACCUGGAAAAGCCAAGAGAAGCAAGUUGUCACUAUUCAAUCGCUCUUCAGAGCCCGCAAAGCAAGAACCGAAGUCAAGCGGAUGCGCACUCACAUGCAGAAGCAAGACAUAGGCAUCCGUAACCUUCAAGCCGCUAUUCGUGGUGCACUGAGUAGACGGAAUGUCAGUGACCAAUAUGAAGCCACGCGCGAAGCCGAAGAGCCCGUCCGUUGGCUUCAAGCCGCGAUUAGAGGAGCGAUCAAGAGAAAGCAAAUUGAGCGCCAGGUCGAAGAGGGCCAUGCCUCCGAAGAGCACAUUAUCUCUCUACAAGCCGCGAUUAGAGGUAUGCUCGAGAGAAAAGGGCAUGCUGCAAAUGCCGAUCUGCUUAGAAAGCAUUCGAGAUCCGUUGCAACACUCCAACAUGCCAUGGCUGGCUUCAUACAGCGUCGAAAACUCGAACACACUCGCAUGUCCCUGGAUGUCGAGACUCCCGCCUGGCUCGAACUCCAAUCUGCAGCACGUGGUCAGAGUGCAAGGCGUGAGUUCAGAAAACUCAAAGCGGACCUACAAAUACAAUUGCCUUCGAUCAUCGCAUUGCAGUCUGCCUUCAGAGCUGGGUGCAGCCGUAAGGACGUGAACACAAUCAAAGAUGCACUGAGUUACCGCGAGAACUCCAUUCUUACUUUCCAGAGUUCUGCUCGUGGUCAUAUGUUCCGCAACAAGCAUCACGCCGACAUCAAUGCUCUGUAUGCUCAGAAGCCAGCGAUCAGAGACCUUCAGUCUCUCUCGAGAGCUUAUCUUGAACGUCAACGGGUUUUCGAUGUUUUGUGCCAGCUUAAUGAGCAAGAGGACCAAAUUGUCGAGUUGCAGAGUAUUGCUCGCGCCCUGCUCGGCCGCCGCGACAUUGGCGUUCUCCUCGGUCAACUCGAAGAUGAAGAGGAUGCUGUCAUGGAGUUACAAUCUGCGAUCAGAGGAUCGCUUGUGAGGCAGGCGUUUGCCGAGAAGCAACGCUUCUACAAGGAAAACAUGGAGAAGGUCAUCAAAGUCCAGAGCAUCAUCCGCGCCCGUCAACAAGGUCAAGCUUACAAAAGCUUGACAAGCGGCAAGAAUCCGCCUGUCGGCACUGUGAAGAACUUCGUUCAUCUCCUUAAUGACAGCGACUUCGACUUCGAUGAAGAACUUGAGUUCGAAAGAAUGCGCAAGACUGUGGUCCAGCGUGUCCGACAGAACGAGAUGGCCGAACAAUACAUCGAUCAACUGGAUAUCAAGAUUGCGCUGCUUGUCAAGAACAAAAUCACCCUCGAUGAAGUCGUCAAGCAUCAGCGACACUUUGGCGGCCAUGUUGGAAGUCUUCUGAACAACACGGAAAUCUCGUCCAAAGAUCCUUUCGACCUUAAAGCCUUGAACAAGAACUCGAGGAGGAAGCUUGAGCACUAUCAGGAGCUGUUUUUCCUCUUGCAGACUCAGCCACAAUAUCUUGCACGCCUCUUCCACAAGCUGAAAGAACAAGGCAUGCCGGAGCAAGAGGGUAAGAGAAUCGAGCUGCUCAUGAUGGGCCUCUUUGGGUUUGCACAGAAACGUAGAGAGGAGUACUACCUCUUGAAACUAAUAACACGCUCUGUUCAAGAAGAGGCGGAGCACAGUGCUUCCCUUCAGGAUUACCUCCGUGGCACUUUCUUCUGGAGCAGAUUACUAUCUGCCUAUGUAAGAAGUCCCCGUGAUCGCAAGUACAUGCGUGAUCUGUUUGGGCCGCUCGUCAGAGAAAGCAUCUUCGAAAAUGCAGACUUGGACCUUGAGAGUGAUCCGAUGCAGAUCUACCGUGCCUCGAUCAACAACGAAGAGCUUUCUACUGGACAGCGCAGCCGCAGAAACCCAGAUAUCUCACGUGAAGAGGCUAUCCGCGACCCCGAGACCAGAGAUCUCUUUGUAUCGCACCUACAAGAUCUUCGUGACAUUUGCGAUCACUUCUUCAUUCUUCUUGAGGAGACUCUGCCCCGUAUGCCUUACGGUCUGAGAUUCAUUGCUCAGCAGACCUUCAAUACACUGGUGGCUACCUUCCCUGGAGAAAGCCAGCAGCAUCUCCUUCAAGUGGUUGGCCACUGGUUAUGGAAGGCCUACCUUGCUCCCGCAUUGACUCAACCAGAGAUGUGGGGCGUUAUUGAUCGAGGUCUGAGCCCUAUACACAAACGAAACUUGGGAGAGGUCAGUAAAGUUCUCGGUCAGGUAUACGCUGGUAGACUGUUCGGCGGCGACCACAUUUAUCUGCAGCCUCUGAACACCUGGGUUGGCGAGGCUAUUGAGAGGAUGGAGGAACUUCUUGUAUCUUUGAUUGACAUUCGUGAGCCUGAGCAACAAUUCGACAUCGAUGAGUUUAAUGACCUCUUCGCUCGUGUCAAGCCCACGCUGUACAUCAAAAUGGCAGACAUUUUUGCCAUCCACCAUCUUGUGACAAACGAGCUGUCGCAUCUCUCCGAUCCUGACGAUGUUUUACGUGAGAUCAUCCGCGAGCUCGGCAGUGCUCAGAACAACGAGAACGAGAUGAUGGGUGUAGGCUCGAAUGAAAUCAGUCUGCAAUUGACACCCAAGUUCCAUGACAAACAAGAUCCGGAGGCCGACCUCAAACAACUGUUCAUGGAAACUAAGCGUCUCGUUUUGUUCAUCAUCAGGAUACAAGCUGGAGCCAAUCUACUUGAGAUCCUCGUCCGUCCGAUCGCACCAGAGGAUGACGACAAGUGGUUCGCGCUUUUGGAUGAGGAAGCUCUGCAACAAAGAUCUAAUCCAAGAGCGCCUUCGGCAUAUUCUGGUAUGAUGGAUGACGAACCGGCAUCUACUCUCCUGGACAUCACGUCAAUGUCAUACGCCGAAGUCAAGAGUGCAGCUCUUGAGAAUAUCCUGAUACUUGAGCAGCAAGGAAAAGUCAACAGACACAACCAGUACCAAGACCUACUCAAUGCUAUUGCUAUUGACAUUAGGACGAAGCACCGUCGUCGUGUGCAAAGAACUCGCGAACUGGAUGGUGUCCGUGCUACCCUUACGCAACUCGACUCGAAGGCGUCGUACUUGGACGAGCAAUUGCAGAGCUACAACGACUAUAUCGAGCAGGCAAUGAUCACGCUGCAGAACAAGAAGGGCAAAAAGCGGUUCCUGUUGCCUUUCACAAAGCAAUACAACCAUGAGCGUGAACUGGCUCGAUCUGGGCGCACACCUAAAUUCGGUUCCUACAAGUACUCUGCACGUUCUCUUGCAGAGAAGGGCGUGCUUGUUAGCUGGGACGGUUACGAUGCGACUCAAUGGAAUCGCAUCAACGUCACGAUCUCCUCCGACGAAGUUGGUGUUUUCCACAUUGAGGGAAGCAUGGGAAGUCUUAUGAUGCCAGGCGCCAGCGCAUCUGUACCCCUCGACGACCUCCUCCAAGCGCAGUUUGACAACCAUCAAUUCAUGAACCUUUUCCGUGGAACUGGCGGCGAGGGUGGUCUAAAAUUGAACGUCAACCUCUUCUUGCACCUGGUCUUCAAGAAGUUCUACCGCGAGGAGUAG